AUGGGGGCACGCAUGUGUCGAGCAGCCAAUGAGCGUGAGAAGAGAGAGGCACAACUCCAAAAAGCUGAGAUGGCUGAGCUGAGGCGUGCUAAUAAGCUAUACAAGGAGAGGAUUGCUCAGGAGAGGCGUGUUGCGGCACCCGGCGUACAAUGCUACGUAAAAGGGCUUGUUCGACCGGAAAUGCUCAGGUGGGAUGCGACGUCUGUUAUACGCCGAGUGUACUGGCAAUGGCAUGAGUGGGCUGUAGGGUACGCCCUCAGGAGCGUGUCUAUUAGCCGCUUCAGAGGAGACGAGGUAGAGCUCUCAAACCGAGGAUCGAGCUACCCGCUCUACGAGCUCAUCGACAAACCCACCGGUAUCGCUGUGUAUCGCGAUCCGCUUGCAUCACUCAAGCAGACAACGAGGACCUUCAGCGACUUUCCAGAGCUUGCUUGCAAAGUCAAGCGAAUCUGGUUCCAUGGUUUCCACACUGCUGAAACGAACCGCCUGAUAGCUGAUCUGUUGCGAAGCUGCAAUCAGCUUGUCUCUCUGUCGAACCCAUGGACUGCAAUCAGGUUUCUGGACUCGGAAAUAUGGCAGAUCAUAACCACUGGCGGAGGCAGGUCCUUGCAGUCAUUGGAGCUCCAAUGUGUCCAACCGAUGCUCCAGCAUGUGGUCGAGGAAGGGAACCACAUCACCUUCAAUCCGUUGCAAUAUCCGGCGAUACCACGUUUAUGCCCAUUACUGACGAUGACUUUUUUUGCCAUGGCUCGCACCACAACCUGUCUGGAAGAGUUUCAUGUCACGUGCGUUACGCACACCACCAUUGAGGGCGUCAUGGCCGUCGCGAAAGCAUCGCGAGAUACACUUCGGAUACUUGAGCAUAUCUCAGGACCGCAGCAACACUAUGUAUACCCUCGAUCCGGAUCUUCGAGCCAAUGCGAACAUCUUUGCGACACGCUCAGGUCGUUCGCCAGGCUACAAGCCUUGUCUGUCUCACUGCCUUCUGCGUGCGCCAAUCUGUUCACUCGCGAAGACGCCAGAUUCAGCGGCGAUUUGCAAGUGUGCGCGCGGUAUAUCUGUGAGCAUGAAAGUAGCUUCCCAAUGUCCUCAAUGACAAAUGCCCUACAAGCUUUGCUCCGAGCGGCUCGUGGCCUCCUCGUUCGACGAAGCGCGGAAAGCUGCGUGCCUCGACACAUCAACGUUGAGGUAUUCUUCGCCAGUUACAUGUUCGAGCCAGGUUUUGGCUUGGUCCAUGGCGAAUUUGCUCCGGCGCAAGCCUCGCCCAACGGGCUCUGGCCGACAAACAUGAGACCCAGCGGUAACGACCCGUACGGAAGUAACGGCCAAGACGACAAAGAUGAUGCAAGACCCUUGCAGUGCAUCGACGAGGAGGGCUUCCUCAUAGGCGUUCAUCAAGGGCUGCAUCCCAUCUUGAUAUAA